AUGAAGUGCCGAGGUGAUGGGAAGUGGUUCUGCAACGUUCGCCUGCCUGGCUUACCGAGUAGCUGCAUCAUUCUUCACCUGGUCCGUGCCAAGCAGAAGGAGGUCUCCUUGCAUCCGGAGAGCACCUUGGGCGAAAUCACCCUGGAGUGCUACAACUGCGGCCAGCGCAACGUCUUCCUUUUGGGCUUCAUCGCUGCAAAAAGCGAUUCCGUGGUGGUCUUGCUUUGCCGAAUUUGUUUGUCCAACAAUGCUUUGAAG